AUGAUCUACCUCAGUGUUCCUCACCUAAUGCUCGACACAAACAGCUGUCGUGCCAUGUUCGUCAUCGAACAAGCAGUGAAACUGGCCUCAUUGACCCUUCUGUCCUGCAUCAGUAUCGAACGAUAUAUCACCAUCCGAAAGCCAUUCUGUGGGCAGGUACGGAAGCGAUUCAUCAAAAUGACACCGGUUGUCGCUCUACUGAUUCUCACCGCCGUAAUCGUUGCUGUUUUAGUGCAAGUAAAUGCAGUGGUGACGACUCCUGACAGCAUGAACUGUACGCGAACGAGUCGAGAGAGGACGACGCCACGGUUGGGUGCCUACUUGACUGCCAUCGCGUUCGUCUCCAAUCUCACGACAAUUUCCGUCAAUUACGGUCAAAUAGUCCGACAUGUUAGAAGGAAAUUCUCCAAGAGGAAAGCGAGAGUGGUCGCCCAUUCCCGAACUACCAGGGAAUCGCUGGUGAACGAGCCACGUUACAUGCGAGAGAUGACCAACGCUAUCAUUCGAGUGUUCGUCUUUCAUGUCGUCUGCUGGCUGCCAACAUGUCUCAUCCAAUUUCUGCCCGAUUUUGGUCUUGUCUCAGAACUCAUCACUUCUAUUCGAUUAUUCAAUAACUUUACUGAUUUCAGUGCCAUGCGAUGGACGAUAUUCAUAGCUAAUUGGUUAACUUAUGCAAAUGCGGCUGGGAAUUGGAUAUUCUAUGCGGCUAUGAAUCGCGAACUCAGGAGUUUGAUAAGGUGA